AUGCUGACACUUCCCCAUGUGCUGGGAGGACAGCCUGCUGCCCUCUCAACUAAGGGAAAGCAGUAGGUCAGGGCUUCAGGGGCCAGCGUCAGAGCCUGCCGCCAGUUCUGCAGGAAAGGUAAGCAUGGGAGGACGGAAGAUGGCAAGAGAUGAAGAAAGUGCCUAUGGUUCUGAAGACGCCACGCAGGCCCUGCAGGAGCCCAGGCUGAGGCUCAUCCUGGUGGGGAAGACAGGUGCCGGCAAGAGCGCCACCGGCAACAGCAUCCUCGGCCAGAGGCGCUUCCUCUCCCGGCUGGGGGCCACCUCGGUGACCACAACCUGCGAGCUGGGGAGCUGCAGGUGGGACCCGUGGCACGUGGAAGUCAUGGACACCCCGGACCUGUUCAGCUCGCUAGUGCCCAAGACAGACCCGGGCUUCGCGGAGCGCAGCCGCUGCUACGUGCUGUCGGCGCCGGGGCCGCACGCGCUGCUCCUGGUGACUCCGCUGGGCCGCUUCACGGCGCAGGACCAGCAGGCCGUGAGCGCGCUCCAGGGGCUGUUCGGGGACGGCGUGCUGGCGCGCACCGUCGUGCUCUUCACGCGGAAAGAGGACCUGGCGGGGGGCGCGCUGCGGGACUUCGUGCGCGACACCGACAACCGCGCGCUGCGGGCGCUCGUGGCCGAGUGCGGGGGCCGGGUGUGCGCCUUCAACAACCGGGCGGUGGGCGGGGAGCGGGAGGCCCAGGUGCGGGAGCUGCGGGAGCUGGUGGAGCGCCUGGCGCGGGACCACGCGGGCGUCCCCUACUCCAACGCCGUGUACCGCCUGGCGCAGGACCUGGCUGGGGCGAGCCCGGAGGAGCGGCUGCGUCGGGUGGCAGAGAGCCUGGCGCGCCGCGCGCGGGCCCCGUGGGGACGCGGGCUGCUGGGCCGGCUGCGCGCGUGGGUGGCGGCGGGGAGGCUGCGCGUGGCCGCGCUGCUGGGCACCGUGGUCCUGCUCUGCCUGCUGCUCUCCAGGCUGUGGCUCCAGGACACAACCAAUAGUCCAAGUUUUAAAAAUUCAGGUAACCUGGUUCGCUUAUUGAAACACGUCAAAAGGAAACGGGAGGGAGCAAGACAAAGACAGGCUCCGACAGGAAGCGUCCCCUUAAGGGGACGGCACGCCCGCCCUCUGAGUCUCCGGGUCCCGUUUGCAGCAGUUUCGCCGCCCACUCCGAGGACGUGUCCCAGCCAGCGUGGGGCGCUGGGCGCGCUCUGUACCCGCUUUCUUCUUCUUCCCCUGCAGCCGUGCCCUGGAACACUCGGCCUCCCAGGCGACCCGGUCCAGCUUACCAGCCCGGCUUCCCGCUGCCGCGCCGCCUGCGCGCCCCCAGCUCCCGCCGGCACAGCUUCCCACAGCCGCCAGGCACCGCGCCCCGCAGCGCCCUGCCAGAAGAGAAUGGAGGGGCUUCAGAAGAGCAGAUAUGGAACUAUGGCUGAAGACAAAUUAGAAGAUAACCAGUUGAGGAUCAUCCUGGUGGGCAAGUCCGGCAGCGGGAAGAGUGCCACAGGGAACAGCAUCCUUGGUCAGCCAGUGUUUGAGUCCAAGCUGGGGGCCCAGGCUGUGACCAGGACAUGCCAGAGGGCGACCGGCACAUGGAACGGGAGGAACAUCCUGGUGGUGGACACGCCCCCCAUCUUUGAGGCAAAGGCCCAGAACCAAGAUAUGUACAAGGACAUUGGGGACUGCUACCUGUACACGGCCCCGGGGCCCCAUGUGCUGCUGCUGGUGACGCAGCUGGGGCGCUUCACUGCCCAGGACACGACGGCAGUGAGGAGGGUGAAGGAGGUCUUUGGGGCAGGAGCCAUGAGACACGUGAUCGUGCUCUUCACUCACAAGGAGGACUUAGAGGGCAACUCUUUGGAUGAGUACGUGGCCAACACCGACAACUGCAGCCUGCGGAGCGUGGUCCAGGAGUGCGGGAGGAGGUACUGUGCCUUCAACAACCGGGCCCCCAGGGACGAGCAGAGGGAGCAGCUGGCGGAGCUGAUGGCUGUGGUCGAGAGUCUGGAGAGGGAGCACGACGGCGCCUUCCACACAAACGGCCUCUUCUUUGAGGCACAGUUGCUCCUGGGAGGUGGGGGGGACGCCCGUGGGGAAGGCCACAGGCGGUACCUGGCCCAGGUGCAUUCACAGGUGGAAAAGCAAAAGCGAGACCUGAGGGAGACCGAGAGCAACUGGGCAUUCAAGGGGCUCCGCAGGGUCCAAAAGUGCAUGAUGACUCACAUUUGGUUAACUGCUUUUGUUAUGGUAUGCCUGUUGAUUUUUCUCGCAGUUUUAAUUAACUCAUGCCUGACCCAGGGACACUGAGUAUUUUCAGAUGAUUUCUAAAUCAGCUUUUUAAUUUCAGACUCGCCGUCUCUGUCUAUGUAAGGCGCUUUAUUUGCUUUUUACUUAGUUCCGCUUUCAAUUUCUCAUCCUUAUAUCAGAUGCGCCAUCCAUGCUCUUCAAGUGCCUCUAGACAAAUAAAAUCCAAAGGAAAACAU